AUGUCCUCCGCCACAAAGGGAUAUGACGACACUUUUACCAAAUCAGAAUCAGACUCUCAGAGUGUGACCCUGGUGGUGGACGAAAAGCCUUCUCUCUGGCAACGAAUUAACAAAAAAAUAUCGUUGCAGAACCCAGACUUGUCCUUGGUCCAGAACUUUUUGAUCAAUGACGACUUGAAGCCCUUGCUCAACCCACAAGACAGAACUUGGAGAUGGUUCCACUUUAUCUUUUUCUGGAUUUCCGACUCGUACAACAUCAACACUUGGCAGAUUGCUGGCACUGGUGUCGAGGCAGGUCUCAGUUGGUGGGAGGUGUGGAUCUCGGUCAUUUUGGGCUACUCUUUUGUUGGUCUUUUCAUUUUCCUUGCCCAAAGAGUCGGUGCCUAUUACCAUGUUAGUUUCCCCGUUUCGUGCCGGGCAAGUUUUGGUAUUUUCGGCUCGCUCUGGCCCAUCAUUAAUCGUGUGGUGAUGGCUGUCGUUUGGGCAUCUGUCCAGUCAUGGAUUGGUGGUCAGUGUGUUCAGCUUAUGCUCAUGUCUAUCUUUGGAGCCGAUUUGGACACCAAAAUCCCCAACAAAAUCAAAGGUUCGGGCACCACCUCGUUCCAGUUCUUGUGCUUUUUCCUCUUUUGCUUCUUUUCGUUGCCUGCCAUCUACUUGAAGCCGCAGAAGUUGCGCCACUUGUUCACCAUGAAGGCCAUUGUGUCUCCCGCAUGUGGAAUUGCUUUGUUGAUCUGGACAAUCAAGAGAGCAGGCGGAAUCGGACCUGUUGUGCAUCAAAAAACUUCAGUCUCGGGCUCUACGCAUGCAUGGGCGUUCAUCAACUCUACCAUGAACUGUAUCGCCAACUUUGCUACGUUGACAUUGAACGCACCAGAUUUUUCCAGGUUGGCCAAGACUAGACACUCCUCAUCUUGGACCCAGGCGAUUUCGAUCCCAUUGUCGUUUGCGCUUACGGCCAUCAUCGGAAUCUUGGUCUCGUCGGCCUCGAAAGUCAUGUAUGGCACUGCGUACUGGAGUCCUUUGGACGUGAUGAAGGAGUACGUUAUAAGUUACACAAGUGGAGACAGAGGUGGAGUUUUCAUUAUUGCGCUAGGCUUUGCCAUUGCCCAGUUGGGAACGAACAUUUCUGCCAACUACAUCAGUGCUGGAACGGAUAUGGCCGCUUUGUUGCCCCAGUACAUCAAUAUCAGAAGAGGCGGAUUUAUUGCUGCUGCAAUCUGCUUCACCAUCUGUCCAUGGCAUUUCUUCAGCUCGUCGAAAAACUUCACCACAUACUUAUCAGCAUACGCUGUCUUCUUAUCUGCCAUCACUGGAGUCAUUGCAUCAGACUAUUUCUGGGUCCGCAGAGGCUACCUCAAUGUGUGGCAUUUGUACUCUUUCACGCCUGAAAGUAAUUAUGCUUACAACUCACUUGGAGUCAAUUGGCGGGCAUACGUGGCGUAUAUUUGUGGCAUCUUGCCCAAUAUCGUGGGAUUUGUCGGCGCAUGUGGCGUUUCCAUUCCAAUUGGUGCACAAUACAUCUACAACUUGAGUUAUUUUGCGGGUUACAUUGUGUCAUUCACCAUUUACGCAUUGCUCUGCUUCUUCUGGCCCGUUAAAGGCGCUCCAGUCAAAGACAUUAGAGAGAAAGGCUGGUACGAGGUUUAUGUGGAAGAUCGUCCGGGCGAAAAGUUCUCAGAUAUUGUCAGUGGAAAGUUGGAAGAGAACGAGUAUGUUCGUGCUAGAGGUGGUAUCAGACUCUUGUAA